CUAUUCAGAGACGCCAUCACCACCGUUCUUGUGCCCCGCCAGCGCCGCUGUUUCGUUCCGCUCGGCAGUUGUGCGCUGCACGGACGAUACUACGCUCGCUAUCGACGGACGAAAAUGUGUGCCGCGUCCUCAGUGUACUAAAUACUACAGUGACAGUGCUCGUGAACCACGCACGCCGAUUUAAACAUUUUUAAAUAUACGAACGCUCAACCCAAAUAAUGAUGGCGCCCGAGACAGUGGUAACCACGGAACCCAACAAACCGACUGCACCUUCAUCUCAGCAGCAGGGCGGUGCACUGGACUGGAUUAAAAUCGACAUAAACUACUUCAAAACUCCACCCGGACUUUUAAAAAUUAUACAACUUGUGCUGGGCAUCCUGUGCAUGGCUCUGGCGUCACCAUGGUACUCCACGUGGUUCGUGUUCGUCGCAGUCACCAGUUUCAUCACAACACUCAUGUGGAGUUUCGUGUACCUGCUCAGUAUCAAGGAAGCCCUUAAAUUACCCAUUAAUUGGGUAUUAUCCGAACUUAUCAGCGUGGGUUUGGAGACAUUUAUGUACCUGAUAGCGUUCAUAGUGAUGUUCGCGGCGACGGCCGGUUACUACUCCGUCCCAAUGUAUGGGGCGAACGUUGCAGCUGCUGUGUUCGGUAUCUUCAACACAGCGGCGUACGCGGCCAGUGCGUUCUUGCUGUUCAAGGAGCACCGAGGCAGCACGAUGUCCACGUCGCAGGCGGCGUGAGUGUCACGCGCAUGCGCCGACGGCCACUAGCAUAUAAACCUCAAUGAAAACCUAUAAUAAUUAUUACGCUCACAUUCAUUUCGCUUUCGAUUCUGAACGCCAAAAUCUAACUAUUCUUCACGUUCUUGAAUGUUAGCACUUAUGUAUUGAUUAUCUACUUACAUAUAUUAUUUUGUAGAGCAAGUGAAGUUUUACAACUUCGUGCAUACCUUCAGUUUAGUGUCCAACGAUUUAUAAAAUUAAACAAUAUAUCUAUGUUUGUUAAAUUAAAAAAAGUCGAAUGCAAUGAAUGUAUCUUUGACUGCCACGUUAUAUAAAGAGAUGAUAAAGUUAUUUUGUACUUAUACAUGAACAAAUCCAAUUGAUCAGAUCCAAUUGAAUUGCUUGAUUUAAUUUUAUAAAAUGAUGAGUUAUUUCGUGGAUCAAAUCGUUUUUGCCUUUUAGACCAGCCCCAAAACAAAUAAAAAAAUUCUAUUCCCUAAGUUUAUGAAAGCCGUUUUAUUAAAAGUAACUUGGUAAGGGAGCAAGAGGUUAGCGUCUUUGUCAUAAAUAUACAAAAUGUCUUUAAAGUCAUAACAAACAGUAUGAAUUUGUAUUAAUAAUAGACUUACACUUAAAUUAAAGGCCAUAGAUUGAGUUAAUUUAAGUUAAAUAGUUGGGUAGGUAUGUUAAACAAUCAGUAAUAUGUUUAGCCACAAUUAAAGUGAUGUUGAAUUCUAUGAACAAACAGUAAGCUCUUUGUAAUAAAUUUAAGUUAUGUAUUGAACACUGAAGAUAUAAACUAAAAUGUUUUCUAUUCUCCCGAUGUCAACGAAUUUAAUGUACGACUUUUGAAUAAACUAAAUAAUUUAUUAAAAAAAACAUUCUUAAUUAGGAUGACGUAGUUAUAAAGAUUACAUAACAUUUUGAGGUAAACCAAAAGAGUUUUUAUAUGAAUAUGCACAAUUAUAAAAUGUGUUAUAGGGUUUUUAUGAAUGUAUCUUUUUCUUCUCGUUUCACCGACCUUAUGUAUUGAAAAUUAUAGGAAAUUGUAUACCUAUUAUGAAAAGAUACAAUAACAUAUAAUUAUUAAAAAGACAAAAUAUCAAUGAACGAAGUAAACGAAUAAAGUCUUAAACAUAUGAUUGUAAUGCAACACCUGACAAGAAUUAUUUAUGAUGAAAAAAUAUAUUUGUAUCAGAAAAGGAUAUUUUUGGAAAACAGUUUCAGAAAGAAUGUUUAAAUAUUAACCUUUAUAGAUACGUUUUUAUAAGUCCUUUAUUUUAUUAUGAAUUGUAUAAAAUGUAUACCUCCGUAGCCGAAUGUCAUUACUUACAAGCGCGAUUGUCGAACGCCUAAAAUGUAUGAAAAUGACAUUCCUGUCAAUUUAAUACAUUUUUGUGAUUCGAUAACCGUUAGUACUUGUAAAAAUGUCAAAUUUCGUUGAAUCGUUUGGCUACUAUGUGCCCAAACGAGAAUAUACCCACUUUAAUUUGUAUUAACUUAACCAUGAAAGUGAUGCGCGUCAGGAAGGUUUGUAAAUCUCAGGUUGGUUAAGGAGAAAGUAUUUUAUAGUACAUUAAGGUAUUCUCUAUAUUAUACGGGAUUGAGCACUUUUUCUACACCUUAUACCUACUUAGGUACAAAUAUUUACACUUGUAUUUUAAUAUAAUACUUCUUAUAGUUACAUUUUGAUGUUUUUGUUAAGAACUGAAAUAUUUAAGUUGUGUUGAAUGUCAGAAGUUUUGUGAAGUUUUUAAACAAUAGUUAAUUUUAUUGAACUAAUUUGUAAAAAGUUAAUAAAUAUAUUUUAACAUAGAAA